AUGGCCUGGCCUCCGGCCGCCUCGCCUCGCACCGGCCUCCGGCCGCCCCCGCCCGCCACUCCCCGUCGCGCGACGGCCCCGCUCCCGCCCGCCACGGCCCGGCCUCCGGCAGCCCCCCGCCCCCGCACCGAACUCCGGCCGCCCCCGCCCCGCCACAGCCCCGUCGCGCGACGCCCCCGCCCGCCACGGCCCGGCCUCCGGCUGCCCCCGCCCCAGCCCACCACGGCCGGGUCUCCGGCCGCCCCGUCCCCGCCGGCCACGGCCCGGCCUCGAGCUGCCCCCGCCCCGCCACAGCUGCUGCUGCUCGUCGCGCCCUCCAGCCUGCUGCUGCUCGUCGCGCCAUACCCUGCACGACCUCCGGCCGCCAUGGCCCCGUCGCGCGACGCCGCCCCGACCGCAACCGAUGCGAGGCACGGACGAUUUCCUGAAAAUUCAGCCCGCCACGAGUGGGGGGUUCGCCCUGUAUUCAGCCUCCCACCCUGUACUUGUAAGGGGCGAGGAGCCGCCCCGUAG